AUGGCGAACGAAGUAACAUUUUCGGGCAGCUCAGCUGAAACUAUCGAGCUUGCCAAGUCUUUUUGGAAGUCAAUAGAACCUCCUCCAGCGCCAAAGUCUACAUUAUUUGUCAGUGGAAUAAAUCAUCGCUUGCCAACAGCGUCUGCAAUUCAUAACGGUUUGUAAAUUUAAGCUUAAACGUUCAAUAGCAUUCGAAUCGCUGUGGCUGACAGCUGUUUUAAUACAUGCAUGUUUUGAUGAAACUGCUCUGAUAGAAAUUCGUUCUUUUCCUUCAGAAAAUAUUUUACUGGUAAAUAAUGCCACUGGGACUAAAUUAGAUUCGACAGAAGAAGAAACUAAUCCAAGUAAGUUGUUUGUAAAAAUAGGAACAUCCUUUAUACUUUUUUUCGUCACUUCUCUCAGAGUACUUGUAAGCUCACCUUCCGAUCAAAUUAGUCGUUCUGUAGUCAAUGAUGGAAAUUUUUUAGGACUUCAGAGACAUCUGGAAGAUGCGAAGGAAAGGAAAGAGAGAGAGGAGGCAGAAUACAUACAGAAAAUGGUCAGUUAAAUGAUAUGAAUAGUUCUGAAAUUGAUAAACUUGUUGAUUAAAUGUUUCAGCAAAAUAUUAGGCUGAUUUAGCAACAGAGCGGGAACGUCAUUUGACGACGGGAAAGCGCGCGGUAAGGACUAAACUCGACUUUCUGUGCCCAAUUUGCCGCUGUGCCAUUGGUCGAACCAGUUGUUUGAUUUGCGCCCGCUGUCGUCAACUGAUGUUCCCAUUCUGUUGCUAAAUCAGCCCAAUCAUUUUGCUAGGAGAUGGAGACAAUUUCACUGGGUUCAAUUUAGCCUGCGAGUAAGCUUUCCAAGGUGCUCUGGCGGUGGGGCGGGAAAAGGAAGUAGAGCUUUCAACUACGUCUCUGGAAUUUGAAUAUUUCCACCUCCAAUUCCCCUGAGGCUUCCUGUCAACUGAGCUGUCAGAUUUCCGACAAUGUACCAAAACAAGCGCAAAAGUACACAAACAUUGAAAAACAAGUGCCAAAGUAAUGACAUCAUUACUAAUGUCAUCUCCGCCAAUCAGCAUUUCGCAUCAACUUUUUCGAAGCAGAUAUUCAAAUUCCAGAGACGUAGCUGCAAGCUCUCCUUCCUUUUCCUGCCCCACCCCCAGGGCGCCCCAGAAAGCUUGCUCGCAGGCGAGGUUCAAUAUGCAGGUACAGGAGUUGAUCGAGGCAAAUAAAGGAGUUAGGAUUACAGCUAGGGUUUGAGUUACAGGAUGUUUAUAAGCCACACCUGCCAAAAAACGUACUUAACUUGACAGUAUUUAGCACAGAAGUACUCAUGAGGACACUGUAUUAUAAUCUCUUUCUGUCCCAUGACUCAGUCCAGAGGUCUGUUCUAGAAAUACCUAAGGUGAAUAAACCGUGCUCACAGUUUGAAAAAAUUAUGCUCCCAAGAAAAAAAUAACUUCAGCUGGAACCCAGUGUAUUCUCUCUGGAGAAUAGAGCCGAAACUAGUUUGCAGGGUGUCCUGCACCUGAGCCAUCUGCCUAAUUGAGAUGUCUUCUCAAGAAAGGUUGUUUCACUAUUGUGCUAGGUCAGAUGGAGAGAAGCAGAGGUUUUUCCCUUUCUUUGUAACUUGUGAUGAAAAUUUCUUUAGUCUGUGGGGAGCAGAUGCUUUUUUUUUCGGCUAUUGUUUCACCUGCCAAGAAAGUACAGGUGAAACAACAGCCAAAAAAAGUGUCUGCUCCCCACAGGCUAGCGAUAACCCAGAUCAGCUUAAUAAAAUGACAUUUCUUUUUUCUUUUUUUUCUUUCUCUAACUUUCAGACAUCACAUAGGGAAGAAGUGCAACAAACAUUAGCCCAAAGGAAAGCUGAGAGAUUAAAAGUAAGGUGUAAUAUGGCUUAGUUAGAGAUCUGACAGCAGUUACUCAAAAGGUUGAAACUUCUACCCACUGGAUACAUCACUAUCUAGUUGAUAAGCAUAAAAAAUUUAAUUUAAUUAUAGAAAUCCACCGCAUACUAUAGUGAUUUGUCUGCUGGGUGGCUGUAGUCCUUUAUAUUCAGUAUCGAAAGUUAUACUUACAUGGUAAAUAUUAAAAUAUAAAUAAAGGAGCUAUACUUCAACCUCAGGUCCUCUCCUUAGGGACGAGUUGGAAAGGCCUAAUACAGUACUUGAAAUUCUUGUGUGUUUGAAACCCCCCUCACUCUCCCUUGGUUUUUCUAAAACUUUGUUUGUAAUAUUGUUUAUUUUUGCUGGUAAUUUAAUGUACAAGUCUAUUUCAUAUGAUAAAUAUGUUCUUUUUGUAGAAGGAAGAAAUUUCACGUCGCCGACAAAGAGACGACUUCCUUGACAUGUCGUAAGUAAAACUGAUAGAGAAAGACUUUGAUUUAAGCAUUUACAUAUCCAUUCCUAAAUAUCUAAUAAAUAAAUGACAAUGAUAAUAUCAUUGGGUGCACUGUUGUUUACAUUUAAUUUCUUUCUUGUUUAAUUUUUAAGGGAAUCCAGUGAAGAGGAUGAAGAAGCUGCAGAAGCCAUGGCAGAACUUGAUAGAUUUGACGAGAUUCUUAAACAAAAAGAAGCUUUCUAA